GCUUUAGAACGAACUUGUUAUUAAAAGUGAUUCGUCUUGCCGGAGGGCUCGUAGUAACUUAAACUAGCAGGAGAAAAAAGUACAAAUUAAAAGUGAUUUUGAAAAAGUGCUUAAAAUAUAUUUGGCGUUGAACAAACGGCGGCGAAAUGUUUAAUGGUUCAUCGCUUACACACUCAAAUCUCAAAUCGCACUGACAUUUUUGCCCUCCAUCCUCCAUACAUCAUAAUCAAGAUUCCAAAGUUCAAAUUCGCAUCAAUUUCAAGUUUGAAGUCAACAAACAGAUCAUACGGAAGCCAUGUCUUGGAUGGCCUUUGGAGCGCUAGCCUCCGGCUUUGUACUGCAGCGCCUGCUGGGCGGCGACAAUCCGCCGAACAAAGUCGUGGAAAUCAAGAGCGAAUCCCUGGGCACACUGCAGGUGAUGGCUCGCGAUGAUGCCAUGGUUCUGUUUGCGCCGCCCUACAACAGCAACGAUAAGCGCGCCGUCUACGAGAUCGUGCUGCAGCGACCCACCUCCGACUCGAACACCAGCUCCUUCAGCCUGUACCGUUCGCCGCUGCAGCAGGAGGCCGAGGAGAAGUUCAAUACGUUCAUGCAACGCCUGCCUGUGUUUGUGGGCAUUGUCAAGGAGUAUUACAAUGUAAAUGGCUUGCAAAAGGUUUGCGAUGCGCUCUCGGAGAACCCGUCAUGGACGCUGGCACAUUUGGUGGCCUACUUCAAUCUGAUCGAGUACCUUAACAAUCCCAAAGUGCUCCAGUGCGUCGAUGUGGCCGAUCAUACAACGCUUAUGUCACCCUUUCAGCUGGCCAUUAAACAGGGCAAUAUUGAAAUGGUGAAGCUGAUGUUGCCGCUGAGCAAAAUCGAGCAUCUGGACAUAAAUAGCAACUCGGUGUUCCACUAUGCCGCCAGCACCACCAAAGAGAUCAUCAAUCUGCUCACCGAAAACAGCACUGUGAAUCUGAAUCACCUCAACUCGGACGGAUACACGCCGCUGCACUUGGCCUGCGUAACGGACAAGCCGGAGAAUGUUAAGGCUCUGCUGCUCGCCGGCGCCGAUGUCAAUUUGAAUGCCAAGAAUAUAAGCAAAUUGUAUAAAACAUCAACGCCCACUUCGGUCGCCUCCUUCCUACGCACCAACGCCAGCAAGCUCUACACGCAGGACAUGAAAUAUGGCGGCACACCACUUCACUGGUGCUCCUCCCGCGAGACACUGCACGCCCUUAUCAUGGAGGGCUGCGAUGUGAACGCGACCAAUUUUGAUGGACGCACCGCAUUGCACGUUAUGGUGGCGCGCAAUCGUUUCGAGUGCGUGGUCACGCUGCUCGCCCACGAUGCCGACAUCGAUGUGCUGGACAAUGAGGGAAAUGCCGCUCUGCACAUUGCCAUCGAGAAGAAACUGGUGCCGAUUGUCCAGUGUCUGGUGGUCUUUGGCUGUGACAUCAAUCUGAAGAAUACAGCUGGCAAAACGCCGCGUCAUAUGGUUGGCAAUGAUGCCAGCGGCAACAAGGAGGAUGAAAUACUCUACAUAUUGCAUUCGGUUGGUGCCAAACGCUGCUCCGAAGCCAAUUCAAAGUGUCCGCCCGGUUGUAAUGCCAAGGGCAGCUACAAUGGCAUACCGCCAGAGCCGCCCGAAUCUGUGGAGAAGCGCGAGCACAUUGAAAAUAUGCUGGCAACCACCAGUCGUCAAAUGGUUGGUGGUUUCCUAGGGGCAGCAGCCAAUGGCAUCAUGGAGAAGCAUAUGCAGCCGCCAACCGUGCCCGUCGUGGUUGAUACGGAGAAGGAGCAAAAAGGUCAGGGCAUUAUGGACGCGCUCUUGGGCAUGUUUACCACCAAAGUGAAUGCGGAUGAGGGCAAAAAGGUUAACUCAUCCAGCAGUGCAGCAUCUACCCCGGGUGUAGCUAGUCCAGAACAGUUGCCGUCGCCAACAUCACCCAUUGCCGCCGAGGUGGGUGACAAGCCAUACGGCCGUGGUCGUGUGCUGUGCCUGGACGGCGGCGGAAUUCGCGGCCUGGUGCUCGUACAAAUGCUGCUCGAGAUUGAGAAACUAUCGCGUACGCCCAUCAUACAUAUGUUCGACUGGAUCGCCGGCACCAGCACUGGCGGCAUCUUGGCCCUGGGUCUGGGCUGUGGCAAGACCAUGCGCCAGUGCAUGGGUCUCUAUCUGCGCAUGAAGGAGCAGUGUUUCGUAGGCUCCCGUCCGUACAAUAGCGAGUACUUCGAAGCAAUACUCAAGGAUAAUCUCGGCGAGUUUAAUGUUAUGACUGACAUCAAGCAUCCCAAGAUUAUGGUCACUGGCGUUAUGGCCGAUCGUAAGCCCGUUGAUCUUCACCUGUUUCGCAAUUACACCAGCGCCAGCGAUAUUCUGGGCAUUGUGACUUCCAUAAGUAAUCGACGCAUACCGCCGCCACAGCCCGAGGAUCAGUUGGUGUGGCGUGCCGCUCGUGCAACUGGAGCAGCACCAUCAUAUUUCCGUGCAUUUGGGCGUUUUCUGGACGGCGGGCUUAUCGCCAAUAAUCCCACACUGGAUGCCAUGACUGAGAUACAUGAAUAUAACAUGGCGCUGCGCAGUGCAGGACGCGAAGAAGAAGCUGUGCCCGUCUCGGUCGUUGUUUCGCUGGGUACGGGUCAUAUACCCGUUACGGAACUCAAGGACAUUGAUGUAUUUCGGCCGGAAAGUAUCUGGGAUACCGCCAAAUUGGCCUACGGCAUUUCUACGAUUGGUAAUCUACUUGUGGACCAAGCCACCUGCUCGGAUGGCCGCGUCGUUGACCGCGCUCGCGCCUGGUGCAGCACCAUUGGCAUACCCUACUUCCGAUUCAAUCCGCAGCUGAGCGAGGAUAUUGCCAUGGACGAGAAGGAUGAUCAGAAGCUAAUCAAUAUGCUGUGGCACACCAAGGCCUAUAUGCACACCAAUCGUAACAAAAUAAUUGAGAUGAUUAAUUUCUUGAAAUAGCGCGCAAGACGGAUUUAGACCGCGCCCACAGCAACCCCGGCUUCCCUUGCUCCUAUAUAGCUAAUCUCUUUUAGAGUUUACAUUCUUCACAUAUGUGUAUAUACUUUUAAUAUUUUAAACAUUUCCCAGCACCCUUUCCCGCGGUCUAAAUCACAAACACGCGACGCACAUUCAACCAUUAACACACCGAAUAUUACCCAAACGAAAACAAAUUUAAACAAAUAAAAUGUUUGAAUUAUAGUGAAGCCCAAAAUAAGAUUCCACGUGAUGUCAUGGGGCGACAUUUAAACACUUGCGCUUUGAAAUAUUAUGUUAAUGGUUAAGAAAUUUAGAAAAUUUUGAA